AUGCUUUUAUAUGGAACAGAAGAGCCAGCCCAACCAAGUGAUCAACGUUAUGGUCCAUAUGUUCCACAACAAUUUCAUCGUCCUUCUUCUGGCGGUAUUGGACAACCUUCUCAGGUAGGCACAAAUAAUCGACGUGUAAAUGGAGGUGGUGGUGGUGGAAAUUUUAAUAAAAAUGGGGGAGGAAGUGGUGGUUGGCCCGGUUGGUUUACAGGCUCACCUACAGCUAAUAGACCAUUACAACACCAACAUAUAAAUAAUAAUAUACCUCCACCACAAUUUAAAAAGAAUUUUAAUAAUAAUAAUAAUAAUGGAGGUGGAGGUGGAGUCUCUCCUCAAUUCUCGUCGAAUAAUAAUAAUAAUAUAUUUGGCAAUUUUAUUAGACAUUUGAGUAGAAUUGUGAAUUCGAGACGAGAUUAG